AUGCCAGGAGCGAGGCACUUACGCGGCACUGUCGCUUCACGGUAAUGUUUUAUGGGUUUUAAAUGUUUUCAGAGAAUAUUUCAAGGGCGAAGUUCUGGGCUUAUGUCUUUUGACUUAACGAUGCACAUGUAUGUUUUGUUAGGCAGCUACAUGUAACUCAGACCAUCGUUGCUGCAUGUUCUGUUUAAAUUAUAUCCUAGGCUUUCUCGGUGUUAUGUACUUGAAUUAGUAUGGAAACGUGGUAGAACAAAUUUUUGUUUUAUUUUAUAACAAAGAAAGCAGUGCAAAAUUGCACACUACAUGAAAAACAAUAAAAAAAACUAAUUUAGUCAAGUAAUUUUUAUCAAGCGCAGGGAGUAAGGAUAAGGCAAGACUAACUCUGUUUGAACAUUCUGAAUUAUCUAGAAACCUAAAAAAGGCUGUAAACAGAGUUCAUACGGAGUCUUGAAUUCUUGAAAAAGUCUUGAAAUUUGCCCAGCAAUUUUCCAGACCCGGAAAAAAGUCUGGAAAAUAGAGAUAUACCAUUACGUUCUGAAAGUAAUGACCCCCCAAAAGAAGUAAACCUCCAAAAGUAGCUAUGAAAAUGCACAGGUGUUAGUAAAUCCCGAAAGUAUUGAUUUCUGAAAACUAGUUUCCCUUUUGGAAAAAUUUAUGGAUAUGAUAGAUAUAAAAAGGUAUGCCAAACUUAUCUGAGGUUUGUUUUUAAUGAUUGUAAAUGAUUUUUGACGUUCCCACAUACAGUUUGUUUUAAAAAGUAUUCCUUUCUCUUCUGAAUACCCGUUGCAUGCAUAAUAGGGAUGAUGUAUUUAAACCUUUUUAUCUAGUAGAAACCGCCCAUGUGGAGUACACAUUUAAGCUGCCCAAAAGAAGUGACCCCCUGAAAGAAGCGACCCUCUGAAAGUAGCAAUAGGGAAAGGCUGCUAAAUCCAAAAGUAAUGAGGGUCGUUACUUUUGGAACUUUAUUGUAAAGUCUGGAAAAGUGGUUAAAAGUCUGGAGGUUUUUUUUAAAGCUACAAGUGCUUUAUAAGAGAAAUGUUUCUUCAUUUGGACUAAUCUCAUUUAACCUCGCGCGCACGUUUGCAGUGCAUCAUGAAGAAAGCUUUGUUCCUGUGUUUNAAUAGGGAUGAUGUAUUUAAACCUUUUUAUCUAGUAGAAACCGCCCAUGUGGAGUACACAUUUAAGCUGCCCAAAAGAAGUGACCCCCUGAAAGAAGCGACCCUCUGAAAGUAGCAAUAGGGAAAGGCUGCUAAAUCCAAAAGUAAUGAGGGUCGUUACUUUUGGAACUUUAUUGUAAAGUCUGGAAAAGUGGUUAAAAGUCUGGAGGUUUUUUUUAAAGCUACAAGUGCUUUAUAAGAGAAAUGAUUCUUCAUUUGGACUAAUCUCAUUUAACCUCGCGCGCACGUUUGCAGUGCAUCAUGAAGAAAGCUUUGUUCCUGUGUUUUGUUAAGGUCCAUAUUGAUUACCUAUUUGAUAACCUCCAGUCUGGAGAAAAAAAUUGUUGUUUUGGAAAAAAGGUCUGGAAAAUUUCUUGAAUUUUGGAUCCAAUUAUCUGUGUGAACCCAGUGUAGAGUAACGUUGUCAAAUGUAAUACAGAUAAUAAUUAUUGUAAAAGAGACAAAACUAACAUAUUUGUACGAAUGAACGGACAUAUGCAGAACUUAAAAAUACAACAGUAACAUUGUAUAAAAUCGUACUUAUUUGUCUAGCUAAUUGGCCACAAAGCCACAAUCUUUCAAUCCCUCUGAAAUCGUUCCAAAGCAUGUCUAGCUCAUCUCACAAUCAAUAAUAUAAUCAACAUAUAAUUGAGGCUGUGGUUUAAAUUCCCCACCCUUAUGCGUGGGGAUCAAAUUCCCCACCCCCUAGAAGACUGAUUAUCAACUUCCCUUCCCCCAAGAUGGCAAAGGUCUCAAAUGCCUGGGGUAUGCACAGGGUAUGUUGAAGCUUUGAUUUGACUGAUACAAUAGUGCUAUCCACUGGAUAAAUCAUUUCUCCCAAAGUAUGGGGAAGCCAAUACCAUCUACUGGAUAGUGAUUUAUCUGGCAGUAUCAACACUGCAUGAACAAAGUGACCUAAAGAGAAAUGUUGAGGACAUGAAAUGACCUACUAUUAUGUAGAAAUAAUAGUAUACUUGAUUACAAUAAGAUUCCUUAAAGUGUAUGUUGAUGUCCAAAAAGUUCAAUUGGAGACAAAAAGGUUUUCUAUCCAUGGUCACCACCUGACACCCAACUGAAAAAGUUAAUUUCAAGCCCGUACCUUUUCCAUUCAACAAAUUGCAGCCUGUUGAGGAAUGUUCAUCAAUGAAAUGUUUUCUGCUCAUUCAACAAAGCUGCAACAUCACCCACCAUUGUUUUAGCAAAACAUUUUGAUCAAUGUUUAACCAUCANACCCCCUAGAAGACUGAUUAUCAAAUUCCCUUCCCCCAAGAUGGCAAAGGUCUCAAAUGCCUGGGGUAUGCACAGGGUAUGUUGAAGCUUUGAUUUGACUGAUACAAUAGUGCUAUCCACUGGGUAAAUCAUUUCUCCCAAAGUAUGGGGAAGCCAAUACCAUCCACCGGAUAGUGAUUCAGGGCUGUCAUUAAGAGGCGGGGGCCGGGGAUUUCCCCCGGCUACUAUGAACGUCUUCCCCGGCUACUUUCAAAGGAAAAUAAAAGAAAAAUAGAACCGAAAGAAAUUCCUAGCUGUUUGAUUCCCCGCCUUCUUGUUGUAUUUACCCGGCAACUUGAAAUCUUAGUGACAACCCUGGUGAUUUAUCUGGCAAUAUCAACACUGCAUGAACAAACGGACCUAAAGAGAAAUGUUGAGGACAUGAAAUGACCUACUAUUAUGUAGAAAUAAUAGUAGACAUGAUUACAAUAAGAUUCCUUAAAGUAUAUGUAGAUGUCCAAAGCAUUCAAUUGGAGACAAAAAGGUUUUCUAUCCAUGGUCACCACCUGACACCCAACUGAAAAAGUUAAUUUCAAGCCCGUGCCUUUUCCAUUCAACAAAUUGCAGCCUGUUGAGGAAUGUUCAUCAAUGAAAUGUUUUCUGCUCAUUCAACAAAGCUGCAACAUCACCCACCAUUGUUUUAGCAAAACAUUUUGAUCAAUGUUUAACCAUCAUUAUGUAUCUUAUGCUUAAAGGAUAUUCUUCACAAGUAACAUUGGCUAUUUGUUUUUUAAUUUUUAGCGUUCGUAACCUUCUUCGUUCAGGGGCUAUCAAAAAAGCAUGGGAACCAGUAUGGUUUCCAGUUGUGGAAGCUUUCCCCCCGUUACUGGACACCAAAGUAAACAGAAAAGCUGAAGCUGGAAGAAUGGAAAAGAUCAUCUACCCUGAGGAUAAAUUUAGAAAGUAAGGAUUAAUUUCAGCAGAUGUUUUAAAAUAAAAGGAAAUGGCACAUUUAGGAGUCAAAAUAAAAUUUUAACAAAUUUUGUUCCUCUGAUGCACAAAGCCUACCCUGUGAGAAGAGGCCCUUCAAUCUUCUAAGGAAAGUCGAGAAGAUCUCCCAACCUUCAAGGAAUAUGUAAGGGCUUGUGCUCACUGGGUACACAAAACCAACCUCCCUGUCAGGAUCAGCAGUCAAGCUAUCAGAAAAAUGUUCAUGUAUUUUCUUGGAUCUACACACAUUACACACAUGACAUUAUAUAUGCUCUAUUGGAGCAGAUGCAAGGCUGGAAAUCAUACUGAACAGGUGCAAGCUACAACCAGUUGCAAAAUGGUUGAAACACUUUGCAUUAAAAUUGUUUUUCCAAAUUCAGUGCAUCACCAAGGAAGAACUCUUGCAAGUGCAAGAGAUUUGCCCCUUUCCUCCUUUCAUAGUUGUCCCUGCAAGUUUCGAAUACGUGUAUUUCAUGGAAUUGUUACCACUUUAGUAAUGAUAACAUGGGAGGAGGCAGGAAUCAUGUGAAGUCUGUUUUAACAACAUUUUUUGGUUUAAAUAGUUACAGUGUUUCAAGCUUUUUGCCAGUGGUUGUAACAUAGAUCCACAUGAUGUACAUACGAAAGGCAGGAAGGAAGGAAGGCAGUUGUUACCUACUGGUAAAGUCUUCAAAGGGAUUAAGGCAAGAGAGGAUAAAUUUAUCAUCAACCCCAAAUUUAGUGAGAAAAAGUAGUUUUUCUUUUACUAACUCUCUUUUCCCACAAGUAGGUCUUUCUUUUGAACUGUUUUUUUCUUCAUUUUCAUCAGGCAAUUCCAUGAGCAAUUUCAAACCAAUCAGCCAUUGUACCUAUGGAAAGAUACAGCUCCCUCCCACUGUGACAGGUAA